AUGAUUGCUUGUAUUCCUUUCAAAGAUACAAAGAGAAUGGUAGAAAUAAGCCCAUGUUGCUAUCUCUACCCAGGUGUGCGCGACAAAAUUUUUGGCUUGCAGAAUGCUGGCACCGUAAGCAGUGCAGGAAAUUUAUCAUCCAGCAUGGAAGCAAUUUUCAUUUCAGUGACAAAUAGUAGAACAAUAUCAAGAUAUAGACGCAAUCCAAUAGCUAGACUUAGGACCAAUCGAACCAAAAGUUCCAUAGCAUCAGGCACAGUUAAUCUCACAGAAAGUGAAGAUCCACUAGCAAAUUUACUGUCGUUGGAAACUAAACAGAUUUUGAUGCGCCGUUCAUUCCAUGAUGAUGAACUCCCUAAACAGAUAGGAUUGAUGAAUUGA